UGAAUUGUUAGUCUUGAAUUCAGAUGAUUGUGUGAUUUAGAAAUCUAAUGGCACUGUAGUGAAUCCGUAAUUCAACGCUUAAAUUAUGUAAAUCAAUUCGUUAUUCGAGGCUUACGUGGUGCCUUCACUUGAGUAUUGUGUUAUGUUUGGAAAUGAGCUUAAAUUUAACAUCCCAAAUAUCAGUUCAAAACCUUGGAUAAUAUUGCGCCUUCAUGCCCAUUACUGCGUCGGAAGGUUGGCGGUCUCACGCCUCUUAGCCUAAUAAAAAUCAUUUUGAAUACUGUCAGUUUCAGUUUGCAAGAUUGAUUAUAUAAAUGUAGCGCAAUUACUAAUACAUUCCGUAUGUUACGAAUAUUACGUGAAGAAGCAUUUAAAAAAUUCUCUUAUUUGUAAACUAUCAUCAACUUAUAUGUGCCACGCUGGAAGAUCGGUGAUAGCAAGAUGUUACGAAACGUAGUUAAAGAAUUUACUGCUUUCUAGGUGCAAGAAGCUUAGUAACGACAAACAACCUUCGGAACGAUCUGCUUCGGAUACAAGGCGCCAGCAGGAUUGGAUUUGGCUUUACCACCAGUAUGACGAAUCAAACGAAACCCCCGAACAUUCUGGCAUAUGCCCCAGAACCUUCCGCAAAGGCAUGUAUGGUCGAUAUGCUUCGUGGCCUGGUACGAGUUGAUACCUACACGGUUUAUCCGAUGACGGAGGGGCAAAUGGAAGCACGGGCCUGGUUGGACAGUACCGCACUGCUGAUGGUUCACGGGCAGCUUGAUGAAGGUGUGGCGAGGGUGGCAGUUGAUUACUUUCUGGGUGGUGGGAAAGUAAUGGCAGUUUGUUCCAAUUUACUGAGGUUGGUUUUGCCGAACCGAGUGAAGGAUGAUGAGAGUAGAAAUGAGAGCGUAUUACUGAGCUACGAUAGGUGGCAAAAUACGACGAUGGAACAGGAGAUAUUAGACUGGACUGCGGAGGAAGAUGAAUGCAGAGAAGUUGCAAGGAAUUCAGCCGGCGUUGAACAAGAACUGAGGAUUAAGAUUUUGGCGAGGGAGAGCACUUUCAACACGCCAAGCAUUUUGAAUUUGAAAUGUUUGGACACUAAAGGAAACGGUAUCUUCACUCAACUACAUUUAAAUCUAGACAGAGAGCCUGAAAGGGACAUACUCAAGCAUUUACUAGACAAGCAUUUGGAGAUUAGUAUUAAGGAAUGUAUGCAUCAAGAGCAAAUCCAGUACAAAAAUGCCUUUCUGAUUGGCAGCUUACAUGAAAAGAACAACUUCCUAAAAAGCACACAAAAGGUUCUCAAUCUGACAAACCUUGAAAUGCGGUUUUGCAACAGCUCAGAGAAUCUCCCUGCAUCUUCGGAAACCAAACUUAUGGUCCUGGUUGACCGCCAUCCAGAAGAUUUCUCAGUUGAAGACUAUUUCAGCACUUUAAAAACAUCCUUCCUGGGUCGGACCGCAAUUUACUGCCCAAUGGUAACCAGUUCGAUGGAUGUCGUUUCUAACACCACGUGGAGUGAUGGAUUCGCAGUCAUUUCCCGGUGUCAAAGCCGAGGCAGCGGACGGAACAACAACCAGUGGCUGAGCCCGGAAGGUUGCGCCAUGUUCUCGCUACAGCUUCACGUUCCCUUGGCCAGCGCCCUUGGGCAGAGAUUGCCCAUGAUUCAGCAUCUGGUGGCCGUCGCUGUCGUGAAAGCGAUUCGAAGCAUACCAGGCUAUGAGAAGCUUGAUAUCCGAGUUAAAUGGCCCAACGAUAUCUAUGCAAAUGGCUGUACGAAAAUUGGAGGAUUGAUCAUAAAUUCGCAGCUCUGCGGGAUGGAAGCCGUUGUUAACGUGGGCUGUGGCGUGAAUCUCAGCAAUUCGAAACCCACAAUGUGCAUCAAUGAUUUGAUCAGGGAGUACAACAAACUUAAAGGCACAAGUUUGCCUUUACUGGGAAUCGAACAAACGUUGGCGUACAUCUUCAAUGAAAUAGAUCGAAUAUACGUUUCAGUACAGGAAAAGGACGAUUUGCAAGACCUGUAUGAUUUGUAUUACAAAUAUUGGCUACACAGUAACAGAUCUGUGAUCGUCAAAAGCGAAGACGGAGAGGAAAUUGCUGGAACAAUCUCAGGAAUCGACGAAUAUGGCUUUCUGUUGGUCAAUACGAACAAGGAGGGUAAACCGAUCUGUGUUCAUCCUGAUGGGAACAGUUUCGAUAUGAUGAAAGGACUUAUCAUUCCAAAGUACUAUUAAUGUAGGAUUUUUUUUUUUGGUUGGGGCGUUUGACUGGUUGAUAUUACUGUUUUAGAGUACUAGAGAUUAUCAGUCAUGGACUGGCUGAUCUCCGCAUUUGAUUAGUAUUUUAUAUAUUUUAAUAAAGUUGUGGGCUGUUUUCAGGAA